AAUGUCGGGGCUUACGGACACUUGGAUGACACCACAGGAGCAGUAUGGAGGCAGGUUUUUUUCUGUUGUUUGUUACAUUUGAAGAAUAGGUCACCAUUGACUUCAAUUGUAUUGGAUUUGGCUGCAACACUGUUUACCCCUGAGACUCCAAAAGGGUUUUGUGGACUCAAACACUUCACCCUUCCUCCACCGGCAUAGUGGUGAAUAGAUAAUGAGUGAAUUUCCAAUGUCUUUAAAUGCUAACCGAGGUGCACUUGAAGGUGGAAAUCUGAUAAUUUCCCAGGCAGUUUACAUAAAUCAUAAUCAAUCGCAACAAAUAAAAAACUCCCACUUUUGGCACUUUAUUCUUCUGGAUGUCUGACAUUGUUUAGAACUCAGAAGAUACAUUUUACGUGGUGUCCAUGAACGCAGCAGUGGACAGGCUCGAUGACCUGUAUUUCCGCUGACGUCACAGCAGCAACAGACACGCCCAGCUGUUUCACUUCGACCUGAGUGACCAAACCGUGACUUUAAAACCAGUCAUGGAGUCUGAGGAGGACGUCUGUUCCUUCUGCCGCAUCGGGGACAACGACACGGACACAGAGAUCCUGCUGAGUGACGAGCAGCUUCUCUGUUUCCGUGACGUGAAGCCUGGAGCCACUCAUCACUACCUCAUCGUUCCCAGGAUGCACAUCGACAACUGUAAAGCUCUGCAGGGAACCGACGUCCCUCUAGUGGAGCAGAUGGAAAAAAUGGGAAGGAGUAUACUGGAGAAGAAUAAAGUCAGCGACCUGGAUGACGUCAGGAUGGGUUUUCAUAUUCCUCCGUUCUGCUCCGUCCCACACCUCCACCUCCACGCUCUGGCUCCAGCCAGUACGAUGAACUUCAAGUCACAGCUGCACUACGGGCCACAGUCUCACUGGUUCAUCACAGUAGAUAAAGUGCUGUCUCAGCUGAAGACUCGCGGGAAGGUCAAAUGAAGAGAAACAAAGCAUCAACGUUUACAUGUUAUUUCCUGUCAUGUAGCUUCGCUCAUUUUAAUUUGAAAUCACUUUUCUAUCUGACUCAACAUUGUUUUUUAUUAAUGAGUUUAAAUGAUGCGUAGUCGUCCGCACUGCUGGUUGAUUCCGUUGGUGAAAGCUGGAAAAGGUCGACCUUUCCGUGCACCAUCAAAUGCCAUUUGGUGUGACUAUCAACACAUCAACGAGGGGAGAAUUACAUCUUAUCAGAUAAUUAUAUAUCUAUCUGAUAUCUUCAUGGUUUGAAAAUCCCAUAUUAGAAGCAAUUUAAUUGUUUGUCUUUUUUUACCAUAAAUGUGUUCUUCAGAAAGGAAAAUUGAACAAACCUCACAAACCUGUUGUCAGUUUUCUUUGUUUCUUUGUUUUUAUGAAGUAUGUCAACUGCUUAUACUUUUAUAAGUGUUAUAACCUGUCUGAUGCACUGAGAUAAAUGUCUCCUAAUAUUAUAAUAUUAUUAAUAAAAGCUCUUGAGAAGCUGCAA